CAUUUUGCUUCAGGGAGGAGCCAACCCACAGCAAGCACCCAAAAGCUUCUAAAAGUCUCCUGAAAGCUCAGUUGGAUGAUUGGUUCAACAUGGACGUGCAUCACCUUCUUCUGUGUGUGGCGGUUUCACUCUGCAUGGUGAGAGUUUCUCAUCAAGAUCCAGUUGAGAACAGACUGAUAGGUUUGCUGAUGAGGGACUACAACCCACUGGUGAGACCAGUAUCAAACUAUUCGGAACCUCUCACUGUCAAACUUGGCCUCAACCUGAUUCAGAUUUUGGAUUUGGAUGAGAAGAAACAAAUUCUAACCACAAAUGCUUGGCUGAAUUUGAUGUGGACAGACUCAUCUCUGAAAUGGGACCCUCAGGAUUACAAUGGCAUCAAAAAUGUACGAUUUCCAUCCAGUAUUAUUUGGAAGCCAGAUAUUCUGCUGUACAACAGUGCCAGCGAAGCAUUUCGGAGCACGUACGACACCCUCGUUCUGGUCGACCACAGUGGAGGCUGCACUAACAUUCCACCAGCAAUCUUCAAGAGCGUCUGCAAGAUUGAUGUUCGUUGGUUCCCCUUUGAUGUCCAGACCUGUCAAAUAAAACUGGGCUCCUGGACACACAGCGGCUUCCAAAUUGAAUUGAAGCUAGGUGACUUGACUCUGUCUGACUACACAGAAAACAACGAGUGGAGUCUUGUGGGGACUUCCGAGAAGAUGACAACCACGUAUUAUCCCUGCUGUCCGGAGCCCUAUCCUGAUGUGACCUACACGCUGGUUCUACGCAGACGCUCGCUCUUCUACGGCCUCAACCUCAUCAUCCCCUGCAUCCUGCUCUCAACUCUGGCUGUCGUGGUCUUCUUGCUACCAGUGGACUCUGGAGCAAAGAUCUCACUGGGAGUGACAGUUCUGCUCUGCUUCAUGGUCCUAUUGUUGAUGGUCUCAGAAGUGAUACCAGCCACGUCUGAAUCUGUGCCCUUAAUAGCUCAGUACUUCAUGACCACAAUGGUCAUUGUUGGCCUGUCACUCAUUGCUACGGUGGUGGUCUUGCGUUUACACCAUCAUGACCCACGAGGGCAGAGGAUGCCAAAGUGGGCUCGGGAGUUCCUCCUGAAGUGGUGUGCUUGGCUGCUCCAGGUGAAGAAUCCAGACUGUGGUCAGGUAGAGCAGGCGGGUGAGGACGUGAAUCUCAUCUCCAAAGGUGAGGGCACAGUGGAGCCGGAGGUUGGCAAGAUCCUCGAGGAAGUGCGUUACAUCACCAAGCACCUUCGUGCCAAGGAGGUCACUGAGAAUGUCCAUUCUGAGUGGAAGUUUGCAGCGUCUGUACUUGACCGUCUUUUCCUGGUGGUUUUUUCAUUCCUCAUGAUUCUGGUGACACUUGGGAUUCUUCUGUCAGCCCCAAGCCAUGGCAACAUCAGUCUCAAAAGUUAAAACAUUAUUGCCUGAAGCAAUCCUAACCCAGCAUAAACAUUACAAAAAUGUAAAACAUUUUUACUCACAUUAACCAUUUUAACUCUAAUGGCCUAGACAAAGGUGGUAGUGCAGGCAAAACAUAUACAUUACAGAAUGAAAAUGAUGUAUCAUUACUAACUUCAAUACUGGCUACUACUCACUUUAACAAAUACUGAUAGGAAUAAUUAUUUUCUUUCAUGUUGUUGUGAUAUUUUUUAAGUUGUUUUGUUUAUAGUGAACCAGUCACAGUAAAAUAAUACAAAAUUGUAUUGUCUCUGCUCCCAUGUUUUUCUUUGAAGUGCGCUGGUUGACCACCAGCAUUCAUCUGUUAAUUUAUUUUUUAUUUUUUAGAGAUAUUCAUUUUUUAUGUUAGAAAAUAAAUGAAUCCUCUGUCAUUCCAAUAUCCACAUUAAGAAUUCUGGUAAAGAAACUACAAACAACUUUUAAAUAAAAUAAAAAUACCUAUAUAAAAAAAAUAAAA